UUACUGAAGUGUAUCAACUCUAGGGUUCUUGCCCUGAUAUUUGAAGGACUGAGUGUUUAAUUGGUAUACUGCACAAACAAGAAUAAUUUGGGGUGAGAAAAGUCACUGGCAUUAUCGAUGCCUCGGGGAAGCUACAGGGAUGGGGAGGAGAGAACGCUGAUUUGACUUUUCAUGAGAGAGAACGGAAGAGUUGGUAAAGAAAAGAGUAGCUUGGUUCCAUGCACUGUAAAGAUGGGACCACUGCUGGAACCAGCGCUGCUGCUGCUGCUUUUAUGGCCGAGUGUUGGGGCUUUCGACAUCCCUCUGGAAAUCAGGCAGCCCCCAACCAUCAUAAAGCAGUCAAUGAAGGAGCAUAUUGUUGACCCCAAAGACACCAUGGUCAUCGAAUGUGAAGCCAAGGGAAACCCUCAUCCCAUUUUCUCAUGGAGGCGUAAUGGGAAGUAUUUCAACGUGGCACGUGACACUCAAGCUUCAAUGCGCAGACGCUCAGGGACGCUGGACAUCUAUGCCUGGAACAAUCCAGAACAAUAUGAGGCAGAGUAUCAGUGCAUUGCAUCCAAUGAGUAUGGAUCUGCAUACUCCCACAAGAUCAGACUACGACUAUACAGAGCUCCUGUGUGGCCAAGGGAGGUUCUGGAGCCCGUGGUGGUCAGCGCUGGCUUGCCUCUGGUCUUGUCCUGUGACCCGCCACCAGGCCCGCCAAAACCUGAAAUCUACUGGAUGUCCAGCUGCUCGUAUGCGAGACCUUUCAACUGGCCCAUUCAGACAGCGUUCCCCACCAUGCAGCCUGUGCGGCAGGACCGCAGGAUAUCCAUGGGAGUAAACGGAGAUCUGUACUUCUCUAACGUCCUGUUCAACGAUUCUGCUGCUGAUUACUGCUGUAAUGCCCGCUUCCCCUACAAGAAUGUCAUCCAACAGAAGAUGCCCGUGGUUGUUAAAGUGCUUACAACUCGUACAGUGUCCGAGGCUGCCCCCACCUGGCUGUCUCCCACAGGCUCGUCCAGCUCCAUUCUCGUCCUGCAAGGGGAAGAACUGCUCCUGGAGUGUAUCGCUGCAGGGAUGCCAACUCCUCGCAUAACGUGGACCAAGGAUGGUGACGACCUGGUGGUGACGUCGCGCAUGAAAGUAAAGAACUUCAGCAAGAUGAUUCAAAUCUCAAAGGCAUCUUUUGAUGAUGUGGGUGAAUACAGUUGCACUGCUACCAAUAAGAUUGGAUACAUUGAGCACACGAUAACCGUCAGGGUCAAAGCGGCUCCUUUUUGGCUGGAGAAACCCACUAAUCUGGUCUUGGCCCCGGAGGAAAAUGGCCGCCUGGUGUGUCGUUCUGAUGGGGCUCCUCGUCCCACUAUCAGCUGGUUCAUCAACGGGGAACCAAUUGAAACUGCAACACCGCAGCCUAACAGACAGGUGGCAGGAGACACACUGACUCUACGCAGUGUGACUGCUGAAAACACUGCUGUCUACCAGUGCAAUGCUUCAAAUCAAUAUGGCUACUUAAUGGCCAAUGCUUUUGUCAACGUGCUACAUGCAACGCCACGUAUCUUUGGGCCCAGAAAUGAACUCAUCAAGGUGAUAGAGGGCAGUCGUUGCUUCUUAGACUGUCGCUACUUUGGUUCACCAGUGCCUGAAUUGCGAUGGUCCAAAUAUGGACAGGGGAAUCUGGAAGGAAAUCGUUUUAAGACCCACAGUAACGGGACCCUGGAGAUCAAACACAUCCGGAUAGAUGACCAGGGAAUCUACCUUUGUGUUGUCAGCAACAUCGCGGGAAGAGAAGAAAGUCAAGUCCGAGUAGAAGUAAAAGAGCCCACUUUAAUUGUCACAAGACCACAGAGUAUGAAAGUCAUCCGUGGAAGUGAUGUGCGCUUUGAGUGUGGUGUAAAAGCAGAUGUCACUACUCCUGUCACAACAUCCUGGAUGAAAGACAAAAAAUAUCUCACUUUGGGCUGGAGACUCUCUCUGGAUGAAUCAAAUCUGGUUAUCACUAAUGUAAACAGAGGCGAUGAGGGGAAUUAUACCUGUGUCAUCAAGAGUGAACUGGACCAGAAAUCUGCCUCAGCACGCCUAAUGGUGAUGGACCACCCAGAUCCUCCCACUAAGUUGGAGUUGUCAGAUCCAUAUGAACGCACUGUAAGACUCAGUUGGGUCCCUGGAGACAGCAACCAUAAUCCUAUAACAGAGUACAUAGUGCAGUAUGAUGAUGAUGACUGGUUGCCUGGGAAGUGGCGAAACCUCUCAAGCUACCCAGGGGACCUCAACUCUGUCAUUCUGCACCUUACACCCUUCACCUACUAUGAGUUUCGUGUUAUCGCUGUCAAUGCAAUCGGAAUGAGUCGCCCUAGUCGCCCAUCUACGCGCUUCCAGAGCAGCGGUGCACCUCCAGAUGUCAUCCCGAAGAACGUAAAGGGUGUGGGUACGUGGAGGAAUAACAUGGAAAUCAGCUGGGAGCCUCUGACCUACAGAGAGUGGAAUGGGCCCCACCUGAAGUAUCUGGUGUGGUGGAGAAGGAGAGAAUCCAGAGAGGAGUGGAAGAAUGCAACCACUAAAUGGGCAAGAUACUACAUCUAUGAUGCAGAUACCUUCACUCCAUAUGACAUCAAAGUCCAGGCUGUCAACGACUUUGGGCUGGGUCCAGAGUCUCCUGUUAUCAUUGGUUACUCUGGGGAAGACCGUCCCUUAACUGCACCCCUGAACCUGAGAGUGUCCGAUAUCGAGAGCACCCAGGUGACUUUGCACUGGGACUCUGUUACACGUGGCUCUAUGAUGGGAUCACUGAAAGAAUACAAGGCCUACUACUGGAGGGACAGUAGCCAGCUCAGGUGGCUGAGGGUCAACAGAGGGAUGAAGUCAAAAUCCUUCCCGGACAAUGAUCCAGAGCCCUCUGGGGUCCUCACUGGGCUCAUCCCCUAUAGCAACUACAAGCUGUAUAUAGUGGUGGCAAACAAUCGAUAUGAAGGGCCGCCAAGUAAUACAAUACACUUCUCAACGCCUGAAGGAGUACCAUCUGCUCCAACAUCCUUCAGGAUCCAACAGAGACAUCUGGACAGCAUUUAUGUCGACUGGGACCUGCCAGCAGAACCCAACGGUAUCAUUACUGGAUAUUCCCUCAAGUACCAGACAGUGAAUGCCACCAGGGGUGAGGAGCUGCGGGUAGAAGAGUUAACUCCAAAUAUAACAAGUUUCUCACUCCGGCGAUACGACCGCUACACUCGAUACAGAUUCCACGUGGCGGCGAGAACUCGGAUCGGGAUAGGGGAAUGGCACACGGAGGAGUCACCCCACUACACCACUGAAACGUAUGCUCAGGACCAGGUGGACAUCUCCACUCAGGGCUGGUUCAUCGGGAUUAUGUGUGCUGUGGCUCUCCUUGUGCUCAUCCUACUCAUAGUCUGCUUCAUCAAAAGGAGCCGAGGGGGGAAAUACCCAGUUCGGGAAAAAAAAGACAUUUCAUUGGAGCCAGUGGAUGACAAAGAUCAGGAUGGAACAUUUGACUACAGGUCUCUUGAAAGGAUAGCACGUGUCUCCACUCUGCCUUACCCCCGACGAGACGAGGAAAGAGGGCUUCAAAGAGGCCAGUCAUCUAUGGAGGCAAUGAUAAAGCGAUCAGACAGUGACGACAGUCUGGUGGACUAUGGGGAAGGAGGCGAGAUACCGUUCAACGAGGACGGCUCGUUCAUCGGCCAGUACACAGGAACCAGGAGAGAUGUCAGGGAGUUGGACUUUGGUGGAAGUCUGGAGCUGCACUCUCCCAUGAAUACCAUCUACUCCCUGGCGUAAAAAUCAAAAGUCAAACUGACUUCUUAUUUCUAAUGUGACUUUACCGUGCUUGUACCCUUCACCUUCUAAUAAGAACUCGUGGUGCUUGUGGUUUGUCUGCUGGAGCCUGGGGGGGCUGUUAACCCCUGUGUCCUUGCAGACAAUGCAACAUUCAUGCAUUUAAAGAAGAACAUGGUUGAAGAGUUGGGACAAUACUAGAGCUGAGAAUCCUAAGCAAGCUUUACCUUUUGUGUUUCAUAUUGCAUUUCCUGUAAAUGAAAAUUCUGCAUGUUUGUGCGCAUGCAUGCACAUGAGUCCAUGUUCAGUUAUCCUGCCAAUGCAGAGACACAAGCUGUAGACGAGACAGAAGUGAAUCAGUUUAUCAUGUUGAUAAAAGCAGUUUCAAGUAACAACUUAACUACUCUUGUUAUCUAUUUUUCUUUCAGCUAAUUUCAAUAAUGAUAGUUAUUAUUUUUUUGUUGGCUGUUUGAAACAAUGGCAGCGUACCGUAGAUCAAGCAAGCUACAAUUUACUCUUUGCUUCAUACGCUAGUGUUUAUGGUGCAAUGUGAGAGUAUACAAGUCUUGUUGGUGCUAGGUGAAGGAUAAUAAAAUAUAUACAGGGGCUAAUGGUUCAGCUGCAUGGUUCAGUUAGAGAAUAUGCUCUGCUGGGAGGCAAGGUCAUACCAGUUGGGAAACAUCAAGCAGCCAUAAACCAGCUCUAUAAUUGCCCUUGCUUAAUUUUCUCCCCAUUUAACUCUCUAAGGAGAUGGAUAGAAAUCAUUAAUCUUAAUCUAACGGUUUCAGUUUAUUUGAUCCCUAACAUCAUCUGUGUAUAAUCAGUUAUGUCUAAAUGUAAAUAAAGUGGAAAUAUGUA